AUGCGCCGCUGCGCCCCGCUCGUCGCCGCGCGCCGCUGGACCCUUUUGCUCGUCGCGGCGCUCGGCGCCGCGGCGGAGCGCUGCGAUGAGGCGUCCUACCGCAAUGGCAUCAAUUCAUGCUCGCCCUGCGAUCCGAACGGGAAUUGCACGGGGCUCGACUUCUCGCCGCGUUCGAACGCCACGCAGCAGCUCGACCUCGGCGUCUUCUUGCCGCUCGCCAAGGCCGACGGCGCGCCGCUCUGGGGCACGACGCGGCUCUGGCCGCUCGCGGCGACGGCCGCGGUCGCCGCGGACAUGUUCGCGCGCGGGGACGGCCGCGUCGCGCCGGCCUUUGCGAAUCGCUGCGACGGUGUCGCCGUGUCCCUCACGUACCACAACACGGAGGCAACAACCUUCGGGACCGUCACCCGGUCCUUCGCCUACCUGGACGGCGUCCUCGGCGCCGCGGCGUCCGCGCGGUCCAUCGCGCUCGCCACGUCGACGGCCAUCGACGAGACGCCCAUGGUGUCCUACAUGUCGACGUCGCCGGAGUUGAACAGCCGGUCCCACUACCCCUACUUUCUGCGGACGAUCCUGGACGACGCGGGCACCGUCGCCGCCUUGGCCGACUGGGUCGCGAGCCACGGCUGGCGCCGCGUGGGCGUCGUCUACGCGUCCGACGACGUCUACUCGUCGGCGAACGUCGAGGCCUUCUUGAAGGCCUGCGUCGCGCGCGAGAUCUCCGCGACGGCGUCCGGCUACGCGGCGCACGACGCUCGGGCGCUCGACGUCGCGUUGGGCACCGUCCAGAGCGCGCGGCACGCCGUCGUCGUCGCCGUCCCGGCGGCGACGGAGCUCGUCGAGGUCGUGCGCGGGGCCCUGCGGCGGAACAUGACGGGGCCGGACUACGCGUGGGCCUGGGUCUCGAGCCGCAUGACGACGGUGGCCACGGACGAGACCUUCGACGACGAGACGCGCGCGGCGCUCGCCGGGGCCGCGCACGUGACGGGCGAGUUCGUCCCCCUGGACACGCCGAACAUGGACGCCCUCGAGGAGGCCUACAAGAACUCGACAGCGGACCCGAACUCGCGCAUGGCGCCGCAGGCGGCCGCCGGCCUCGGCGCGCCGCGCGCGGACGGCUACGGCUGGGGGCGGUCGUUCCACGGCUACGCCUUCGACGCCUUCGCGGCCUUCGCGCUCGCGGCCUGCGCCGUCGUCGACGGCGGCGGCGACGUCGCCGACGGCGCGGCGCUGCGCGCCGCGCUCUUCGCGUCGGACUUCGAGGGCGCGUCGGGCCGCGUCCGCUUCGACGCGACGACGGGCACGCGGCGCUCCGACGACGCAAUCUUCGAGGUCGCCAACGUCUGGGACGGCGCCUACGCCGUCGUCGGCCGCUGGACGGCGGGCAAUUGGUCCUACGCCGCGCCGUUCCGCUUCGCCGACGGCGGUACGGCGCCGCCGCCGGACACGAUCCGCGAGCCCUGCGCGCCGGGCGCCGCGCGCGUCGACGUCGACGGCGUCGACGUCUGCGUGCCCUGCGAGGCGGGCACCUUUGCGGCCGGCGGCGACGACGCCUGCGCGGCCUGCGCGGCGGGCCGCUUCGCCGCCGACGGUUUCGGCGCGAGCGCGGCGUCGGGCGCGACGUCCUGCGAGCGCUGCCCGGCCAACACCUUCGCGGGGCCGGGCGCCUUCGUCUGCUCGCCCUGCCUCCUCGGCGAGGGCUUCGCGUCCGACGGCGGGAGCGCGAACUGCUCCAUUUGCUUGGACGGCUUCUACGCGGACGGAGGGUCGUGCGUGCCCUGCCUCGACGACGCGGCCUGCCCGCGGGGCACGACGCUGGCGACGGUCGACGUCGUCCGGGGCUUCUGGCGCGCGGACGCGGCCUCGACGACGGUCGUCGCCUGCGGCGCCGCCGCCGACUGUCGCGGCGGCGCCGCCGCCGGCGACGCGUCGUGCGGCCCGAACGUCCGGGGCCGCCUCUGCGAGGCCUGCGACCCGGGCAAGUGGCGCGACGACGUCUCGGGCUCCUGCCGCAAUUGUUCGCGCGACCGGGGGGCCAAAGUCGCCGCGGGCCUCCUCUGGGGAAUCGCCGUCGCCGCGUGCUUCUGGAGUCUGGUCUGGGCGUCGAAGAUCCACACGCCCGCGGCGCUCCAGCGCGCGUCCAUCCGGGAGAGCCUCCGCGACAGCGGCGGCGGCGCGCCGCAGAGCGCCGAGGACGGCGGCGGGCGGCCGUCGCACCGCGGCUUCCGCUGGAGCUCGCUGAGCCUCCUCGCGUCGCUGACGACGAUGCGCACGCCCGAGGAGACGCUCGGCGUCAAGGUCUCGCGGCUCCUCCAGAAACUACGCGUCAAGUGGCGCACGCUCUUCAUCGCGCUCCAGAUCAUCGCCGCGGCCAUGCCGCGCUUCGGCGUGGACUACCCGUCCGCGUUCUCGAGCGUGCUCCGCGCGCUCCGCGUCUUCGAGCUGAAUUUAGGCUUCACGCCACUUUCUUGUGCCGUCGACGGCUACUCCUACUACGACGAGCUCGUCUUCGCGACCUGCGCGCCCGUCGCCGUCGUCGCGGCCUACAAGGUCGUCGUCUCCGCCCGCGCGCUCGUCCCCGGCCGCCGCGACCGCGACGAGGAGGACUCGACGCUCGCGGCCGCGGUCCUCGUCGCGUUCCUCGUCUUCCCGAGCUCGAGCUCGACGGCCAUGGCCUUCUGGCGCUGCCGCGGCGGCUUCGGCGACGGCAAGCGCUACCUCGCCGCGGACCUGUCCGUGGAGUGCGGCGGGCCCAAGUACGCGGCCUACGAGGUCUUCGCGGGGCUCAUGGUCUGCGUCUGGCCCGUCGGCGUGCCCCUGUGCUUCUACGCCCUGUUAUUUAGAGUCCGCGACAAGAUCAACCCGCUCCGGAAGCUCGGCUUCUCCAAGUCGCUGUCGAAGUCGACGUCGUCGUCGCUCCCGACGAAGAAGGAGCGCAUCACCAAGGCCCUGCGCAUCCGCGACGGCCGCCCGCACCGCGUCUGCGAGAGCGUCAAGCUGCUGUACUUACCGUACGACCCCGAGGUCUGGUACUUUGAAGUGAUCGAGACGAUCCGGCGCCUGGCGCUGACGACCGUGCAGUCGCUCGUCGCGCCGGGCACGGCCGCGAACGUGCUCUACUGCGUCGUCCUCGUGCUCCUGUCGGCGAAGCUGUACCAGGCGCGGCAGCCCUUCGCGGCGACGUCCGACAACCAUUUGGCCGAGGCGCUGUCCUGGCUCCUCGCGGCCAUCUUCCUCACGGCGCUGCUCCAGAAGACGACGGCCGACGGCGACGUCGCCGCGGACGUCGCGCUCGUCGGCCUCGUGCUCCUCUCGCUGACGAUCGGCGCGACAUCCCGUCGCCGCGACUGUUGA